AUGAGUCAAGUACAGAACAUUCCCGCACGACGUAACUACAGUCAAGUACAGAACAUUCCCGCACGACGUAACUACAGUCAAGUACAGAACAUUCCCGCACGACGUAACUACAGUCAAGUACAGAACAUUCCCGCACGACGUAACUACAGUCAAGUACAGAACAUUCCCGCACGACGUAACUACAGUCAAGUACAGAACAUUCCCGCACGACGUAACUACAGUCAAGUACAGAACAUUCCCGCACGACGUAACUACAGUCAAGUACAGAACAUUCCCGCACGACGUAACUACGGUCAAGUACAGAACAUUCCCGCACGACGUAACUACAGUCAAGUACAGAACAUUCCCGCACGACGUAACUACAGUCAAGUACAGAACAUUCCCGCACGACGUAACUACAGUCAAGUACAGAACAUUCCCGCACGACGUAACUACAGUCAAGUACAGAACAUUCCCGCACGACGUAACUACAGUCAAGUACAGAACAUUCCCGCACGACGUAACUACAGUCAAGUACAGAACAUUCCCGCACGACGUAACUACAGUCAAGUACAGAACAUUCCCGCACGACGUAACUACAGUCAAGUACAGAACAUUCCCGCACGACGUAACUACAGUCAAGUACAGAACAUUCCCGCACGACGUAACUACAGUCAAGUACAGAACAUUCCCGCACGACGUAACUACGGAGGAUAG